AUGCUUGCUUACAUAUCCGUCGAAGUUCUCGUCUUUAAACUUUCUUGUUCAAAUGUGAAAUUGAUUUCGGAGGUCAUCUCACCUCUUGCUAUGCAUACACUGGACGACACAUAUCAAUCAUAUUUACCGUAUAUUAGUUUGAUUGCUGUGAACUAUGGUUACCGUGGGUGGGGUAUGUUAAGGAAUCAAGCAUUGGUAAUUGAAGCUGGGGCCUAUGCCUUAGUUGCUGGCUCUGCUGUUUUGGAGCCCCCAAUUACGCCGAAGCUAUUAAAGGCAUCAAACCCAGCAAAAGGCCUGUGGCUGUUCCAGUUAAGAUUUCCACUGGAGAUUUUAUUUGGGCAUAUAUAUUGGGGUUCAGUGAUCUAUAAUCCGAGUAAUUCAAAAUUUUAUAAUAACACUCAUAUUAGCAAGGAAAGAAAGAACAACACAGAUCUAGUGACGGACGUCGUACUCACGCGCUUCGGCUUGGUCCCGCUAGUAGUAGUCUCAUUCCCAGCCAUCGGUAAUACUAUCGUAUUAAUCUUUCUUUACGUGGAAGUAGUUCAAAGCUUCCUUGAGAUCUUAUCUCUCCAGUAUCUAUAG